AUGACUGUAAUUAGAACAAAUGAUAAAUUACUUAUUUUACAAUUUUUAAUUCAAUAUUCAACAAAAACAACAACAAAAUCUUCUUCUUCUUUACAAAAUAAAUUUAAACAAAAAUUAAAUAAAUUACUUUUGGGAAAUUUAAUAGAAGAAAAUAUUUAUUUAAAAUUUAAUUUUAUUUGUUUAUUUCCCCCACAAAUUAAUAUUAUUCUAGCUGUAAAACAAUCAAAUAUAUUAAUUAAUAUAUUAAAACAGAAAAUUAAUUACGAAUAA